UGUGUUUACAUUGCAGACCCUCCAUUGAUUGGUAACUACGACGUGAAGCGGUGCUUUGAGGUAGACGCCAUAUUCCAUUACCAAAUCCCAGGAGGCCUUACAACAAACACCAUCAGAAAUAUCACAGUGGAGUUUUACAGUUCUUUUCUGAUUUUUUACAAUCUUUAUCUUAAUCUUCAACAAUGCAAUGGGGUGAAUGUCACAAUCGGAAAUAUAACAUCAUCUCCGCCAGGAGUUAGCCAUGUUUACUUCAGAGUACCGGUUACUUAUACAGCAUCAAACCACAUGGCUGAUGAUCAAGUGGCUUCGAAUGUUACCACCUGCAUAAACGCUGUAAAUUUUACCUUGAAGGGAUAUAUCGACCAAAACGCUCCAAAAAUUGUCCAAAACAACGCCACAUACCAAAUUAACCAGCCAUCUUCCAUGGAGAAGAGGUCAUGCUGUGGUGGAGAUAUACCGCCGCCCUGCUGUGCCGUUGGCUCAAACAGGGUGUCAAGUACUAAAUGCGGUUGUUUGCCUGGAUUUCACUUCGUCGCCGGCCGUUCGUGUCUCCCUUGCCCUGCUGACACUUAUCAAGAUGAACAAGGACGAACAUCUUGUAAAACUUGUCCAGUCAAUACAGGAACAUUUGGCAAAACAGGAAUGACGAACCAGGGAAACUGCACAGGUUGUGCUCCGGGAUUUCGUGUCGCUCCUGGCUUUAACAGUUCCUGUCUCCGAUGUCCGUCAGACACAUAUCAGGAUGAGAAAGGCCAAGGGGAGUGUAAGAAGUGUCCGGAAGAGAAACGAACAUUUAACAAGACAGGAGUGUCCAGCGAGUCCCACUGUUUAGAAGCUUCUCUGAUUGGUAACUAUGAAUAG